CCAGCCGUGUUCCCUUGAAUACAGAUAGUCUCGGAAUUGGAAAGUGUCCCCACCAUGGGGUUAGAAGAAAAGAAAAUGAGAUGUUUCUGGGUUUUUGCAAUGUUUAUGCCUCUCCUAACCUUUGCUGUUUUCAUACGGUCUAAAGAGGCCAAUACUGUGCUGAGGAGUCGCACAAGGAGAGCUAACAGUAUAUUCGAGGAGUUCAAAACAGGAUCUCUGGAACGAGAGUGCCAUGAAGAAAAAUGUUCAUAUGAGGAAGCCAGGGAGAUCUUUAAGGAUGACAGACGUACGAAAGAAUUUUGGAGGAUAUACACAGAUGUGAACCAAUGCCUUUCCAAUCCUUGUAAUAAUGGUGGAACCUGCUAUGAUGAGUAUCAGUCAUAUAUGUGUCUGUGUCCUGAGGGAUAUGAGGGCAGAAACUGUGAAACAAAUAGAAAUGACACACUUAAGUGUGAAUAUGAGAAUGGAGAGUGUGAGCAGUUAUGUCAUGAUACAGCCACAAUACGAAACUGCUCAUGUAUGGAGGGGUAUGCUCUAGCAGAAGAUGGUACAUCAUGCAUCCCUACAGUGGAAUAUCCAUGUGGACAGAUACCAGUUUUGAAAAAGAAAAAAACAAAAGGUCGAAUCGUUGGAGGUGAAGAGUGUCCAAAAGGAGAGUGUCCCUGGCAGGCUAGAUUGUUCUUAGGCAGAACAAUCUGUGGUGGAACAUUAAUUGCACCAAACUGGGUAGUCACCGCCGCUCACUGUGUAAAACCUGCUCUAGUAAACAAACUGAUAGUCAUACUCGGUGAUCACAAGAUCAGUGAAGCUGAAGGAACUGAACAAGAGCGCAAAGUUGUUCAAAUCAUAAUGCAUGAAAAGUUUGUUGGGAUUAAAACAAACAAUGAUAAUGACAUAGCUCUCCUCCGACUGAACAGUACAGUAAACUACACCGACUAUGUGGUUCCCCUAUGCCUGCCUGACAACCAGUUUGCUAUAAAUCAACUGCUGCACCAAAGCUCUUUUUCCAUUGUCAGUGGUUGGGGUCGCCUUCUAGAAGGUGGGGCUACUCCUGACACACUAAGGAGGGUAGUUCUGCCUCGAGUGAUGACUCAAGAAUGUAUAGAGAAGACAAAGUUGAAUAUCACUGCCAAUAUGUUUUGCGCAGGCUUCACUGAUGGCAGCAAGGAUUCCUGUAAGGGUGACAGUGGUGGUCCCUAUGCCACAAGAUAUAAAGAAACCUAUUACCUCACUGGUAUUGUCAGCUGGGGCUUGGGUUGUGCCAAAAAAGAAUUAUACGGCGUGUAUACAAGAGUAUCUAAAUAUAGAGAUUGGAUUUUGGAGAACAUGAAGCAAGAUUCCAAUUAAUAAUGCACAUCAAAGGAGACUUGACAAAAAAGAAUAAAAGAAGCUAUUUAGUGUACAUUAAUAUCUUACUUCUAUAGUGAGAUAACGUACUGUAUGAUGGCUUGAUGUGACAGGCCCGGAGCCUGAGGCUGCACUGCAGAGAGAUUCCAAAUGAAACGUAUCUCUUUCUGAUUCUGACUUACUCAAUAUUUUGUAGUACAGUAUGUAGAAAAAUCCUAUCCUAUUGAAGAUACUCAUUUAAAGAGUUGAUUAAAGGGGUUUUGCAGAUGUUUAGGAAGCACCCAGUAUAAGCGGUACAUGAUCAUAAUGAAAAAAACGCAUACAUCCCUUUAGAACCCUACACCCCAGCUCCUUCACCAACAAUUCUAUUGUCCCAUGCUGGUCUUUGCUUGCUUGACCACAGCAAUGAUGGGUCAUACUCAUCAAAUGACCAUAUUAGCCAGUCAGUGACGACAGUGAUGGCACUUCUACCUAUGGUCAGUAAUUGGCUGCCAUGGUCAACUGUCAAGAACGACAUUCCUGAAGCCCAGUAAACUAAGACCAUCAUGGGGCCAAAGAUCUACCAGGGCAGGAGCAGUAGGUAAUUUAAAAGGUGAGAACAUGUACGUUUUGUAUUUCUAGCCAUGUGCAGAUUUAUA